GAGGUGGCUCUUGAGAGCAAGUUCUCUUCAUCAACACACAGCUCAUCCUGACCUGCCAUGUCAAACCUCUGCAUAGAUAGGAAAGCCUGCAAUGUAAAUUCAUAUUAGACUCUAGCUAACAAAUGGAGCAACUCGGCUGCAAAUGCUUUUGUUGUACGCUAAAAGUAACCAGAUGUUAGCAGAUGACACACAAUAGAAGACUGGUCAGAGCUAUUCUGUAUUUCAUUGAAAAAAAAGGAGGGGAACAGACCAUCUGCAUCUCUCGCUCUCUCCCUCUCUCUCUCUCGCUCACACACAUACACAGUUACAAGUGGCUUCAGUGCAUGAAGACUGAGACUGCUGCCACUGCUGCAUUGAACACACCAGCUAUCUUGGAAUACGGAAAGACUAUUUUUUUUUUCUUUUUUCAUUUCCAAUGUAACUAGUGUGUCUAUGGAAACUAUGAUGCUUCAGCAAGGGAAACCAGACGUGAGCUGUGUCCAUGAUGCCAGAAUGGAACUGGAAAGAACAGACCAUUGUUUCACUGAGGUCAAGCCUAUACUGCAAUGUUGGUCAAUAUUUAUGUUUUAAAACUCUGCACAAUUAUCUCCAUUGGACAAAGAAGGGAGAAACACAGCAAAACCUGAAACCGAGGCUGAUGGUGCAAAGAGGUCUCAGGGUUGGACAAAGUUAUUUGUAAAGGAAAGAAGACAGUUAAAGUAUAUGCUCAGCAGAAGAUCCACAUUAUGUGACAGUAUUUAGAUGGCUCAUCAGUAGUGAUCUUAGUAAUGUAAGGUCAACUUUUUCGUCUCUGAGAAAAAAAAAAGGAUUGUCGUCCUAUCAGGUUGUGUAUCACGGUAUCUUUCAUUCGAAAAGACAAUUUUUGUUGUUGGUAAACAUUAGCCAUGGCUGCCGCGAUUGCCAGCUCCCUGAUUAGACAGAAGAGACAAGCUCGGGAAAGGGAAAAAUCCAAUGCUUGUAAAUGUGUUAGCAGCCCCAGCAAAAGCAAAGGAAACUGUGAAAAAAAUAAACUCAAUGUCUUCUCUCGGGUCAAACUGUUCGGUUCUAAAAAGAGGAGACGACGACGACCAGAACCUCAACUCAAAGGUAUAGUCACUAAACUGUACAGCAGGCAAGGCUUCCACUUGCAGCUUCAGGCAGAUGGCACAAUUGAUGGAACAAAGGAAGAGGAAAGCAGUUACACUUUGUUUAACCUCAUACCAGUUGGCCUACGAGUGGUGGCUAUUCAAGGCGUUCAAACAAAAUUAUACAUGGCAAUGAACAGUGAUGGGUACUUGUACACAUCAGAACAUUUUACACCUGAAUGCAAAUUCAAAGAGUCAGUAUUUGAAAACUAUUAUGUGACAUACUCCUCAAUGAUCUACAGACAGCAACAUUCGGGGAGGAGCUGGUUUUUGGGUCUCAACAAAGAAGGUGAAAUUAUGAAAGGCAACCAUGUAAAGAAAAACAAACCUGCAGCUCACUUCCUGCCCAAACCAUUGAAAGUGGCUAUGUACAAAGAACCUUCCCUUCAUGAUCUCACAGAGUUUUCCAGAUCUGGAAGUGGAACACCAACCAAAAGUAGAAGUGUUUCAGGAGUAUUAAAUGGUGGCAAAUCUAUGAGCCACAACGAAUCAACGUAGCCAGCUGCAGGCAAGACAAAGGCUACGGAGCACACAGAAAUGGAACCUUACCUCUGGAUGCUGUUGAAUUCUAACUAGCAGUCUUUCAUCCAAAUAUUCGAUUUUUCAGGACAAGCACCGAACUUGCAUAGGUCACUCACGUCAGCCAUUAGAUCAUGGGGUUUUAUGAGCGGAUUCCAUAAUCUUAGAAUGUGCUUUUUGCAAAUCAGAAGGCACCAAGAUAGCCAGCAAAACAUACAGUGGAAUAAACCAAGGAGAGGACAUAACCUGCUCUAUGUUUAUAUCACAUAUGCUUUGUGGGAAAAAAAAAACAUUUCACAGAACCUUAAAGCUGAUAAGAGUUUUGCUUUCCAACCAAGAAUAAAAGACCACUUUUGCUCUAUAAAGAAAAAUUUUACUGCUUAUAUGUUUUAUAGGGGGCGAGCAUAUAAAAAAUGUAAAACUUGUUGUUUUAUUGGCUUACAGUUUUAUAUAUAAGCUUGAUUACAUGUAUUAUUAAUUUGGAAAAGUGCAACACUUUGAUUUUCAACACAUACAGCUUUCUGAACCGGUUCCUCAAAGCUGGCUUUCGUUGCGAAAAUCAGGUCCGUUCUGAGGUCACCCCUCAGGCUCAAGUAAACAGUGUUCCUGUGACUUCUAACAUACUCACUUUUUAUAUAUCUUUGUAGUAUCCUGAUUAUAGAGUUAGCCCAUUAUGUAGACACAAGAUCGUAUCCCAUGCAGUUGACCCAUUACGGAUGCCAUAAUCCAUCUAUGUCGUUUUCUCUUAAUUCCAUUUUUUUGUGUAUGAUGUUCUCUAAAUGUUGUGGCUUCUUUUCUAACAAAAAAUAAACUGUGGAAUUAAGGUGAAAGUU